GUUUAUAUCAGAGAACCCAAUGGAGUCUUUUGAAGAACCUGGUCGUAUUAGUAAGGAAAACUUAUUAGAAGUUCCUACUUCAAAUGAUUCUCUCUCAGAAGAUGAAGAUGUUAAAAGUACACUUGAGGCUCGUUUCUCACCCAGCCCCAGAAGACGGAAUUCAGAUUCUUCUGAAGAAACGGAGCCAGAAGCUCCAUCUACUAUUGCAAGAAAAGUUUCAUUUGCUGAUGCAUUUGGUUUUGACCUUGUAUCUGUUAAGGAGUUUGAUACCUGGGAAGUCCCAACUACAUUACCAAAUGAUGACUUAGAAGAUGAAGUUGUGCCUGUGGAGGAAUUCUAUUUAAUGCCACUGUUUACACUACCCACCACACAAGAAGAGCUUUUGCAAAAAGUGCGUGCUCAGAAAGUAUGGCUAGAGUCCGUAGAGUUUCUACCAGGGAUAACAUGUAUGAAGGGCAUUAUUCGUGUUCUAAACAUCUCCUUUGUAAAGCUGGUCUACGUUAGGAUGUCUUUGGACAACUGGCUGACUUAUUACGACAUUUUAGCAGAAUAUGUGCCUAAUUCUUGUGAUGGUGAGACCGACCAGUUCUUGUUCAAGAUUUCAUUGGUUCCUCCUUAUCAAAGGGAUGGCGCUAAAGUUGAAUUUUGUAUACGUUAUGAGACAUCUGUAGGGAUAUUUUGGGCAAACUACAACCACCGUAAUUAUAUUUUGAUGUGUCAUAAAAAUGAAACUGCACCGGUGGAGGAUACCAAACUCCAGGAAGACACAGAUAAACAUAUCAAAGGCUGCUUAAAGUCAACGCUGAACAGUAAAGAAGAAAUAUUGGCAAUGGCUGAUGAAGACAUAUGGAAUAAUUCCAGGGCUUCAGAGUCAAGCAUCCCCAAAAUUCGUUGUUUGGAUGUGGAUGACAAUGAAAUUAAACAAAGCAAAGAAAAUGUAAAAGAUAAAAAUGUGGAACAUAAUGAAGAAGAUAACGAAGACAAUGAAAAAGAAUUAGAAUUGCUGCUCAGAUAUCACUUCACAAGAACCAGAGGUUCUUCCAGGGAUGAAAACAAUGCAUACCUAUCCGAGCCAGUUAAAUUUCCAAAUGACCAACAAGAUUUGGGGGAGAGGGUCAACUCUGGCUUGGUUAGGCAACCCCUGCCUAUCAGCUGUUUGACAGAACAUGUUUUACAAGAGCAAGAAUUGCAAAAUACUCAGAAGUAUUCCACAGGAUAUGAUUAUAGCCAGUUACCCCCUGAAAAACAUUCUGCAGUGGAGUCAGUAAACAAUAGUGCACAGUCUUUGGAAUGUUUCAGUACAAGUGAAACCCUUUUAACACAGGAGUAUUGGCCUGGAACAAAGGAAAAUGAGGCUGCUUAUAGUACAGAUGUUAUUGCAAGCAAACAAGUAAUGAGUCAUGAAGAUGUUCCCAAAGAUGAAACUGAUAGUGCCCCAGGAAGUAAAACAAUAGAGAGGUUGUUCAUCAGUGAGGAUGAUUAUGAUCAGCACCAAGAAGGCUGGGAAAGAAGAUCAGAAACAAUUCCCUUAAAUCAAGGUGAGCCAAUCCAGUUAAAGGAAAGUAUAUUGGGAGGACAGGGUGACAACAUGGAGCCAGUACAUGAGCAAUAUGUGCAAAGAACUUUUCCCCAAACCUCAGAAUCAUCUUUGGAAAACAUUUUCAUAAAUAAACCUAUAAAGGAGAUCUUUGAUAACAAAACCCAGCCACAUUUAAGAGGAACAUUACAUGACAACAUCUUUGCUGAUGUUGAUGUAGCAAUAACUUCGUUAGGAAGUCCACAUACCAAAGAUGAUGAUGUAGAAGAAAAAUAUAUGACAGAGUAUAAUAUUGAUAUGGGAAAAGAAAUCAAAUUGAACAUUUUAGAACAUCCUUCAGAAGAGAAACAAGUGUACCCUUUAACAACAAACCCUGCUGAUACAAAGUAUCUUGCUGAAAUACAAAAUCAGUCAUGGUUGUACACCACAGAUAGUUAUGAAUUAGGCAUAGCAACUGAGGUAAGCCAAGGAGAAGUCAUGAGGCCUUCCAGUGAGCUUGGUGAAAUUCAAGCUGAGGCAAUUCAUGAAUCAGCAGGACCACCAUGGUUAAAUGAUAAUGACAGCUCAGUCAGAAGAAACAAAGAACAAGGAAGUUCCAUUGUAAGUAAAGAUUUUAACAGAAUGAACAACCAAUAUUCAGAAGACACUAAUAAAGUUCAAUUUUGCACAAGUAACCCCAAUUUAGAAACAACAACAGACGAAGGAAUCUCCACUCACUCUGCAUCAAUAAAUCAAGAGGAUGUGUUUGAUGCUGGGGGGAAUGUAGAAAAAGGAAAGUACUGUCAGAGCUAUGACCCAGAAAACAUAAGUAUUUUGGAGGCAGAGCCCUGCCAAAAUGAACCUGACAGGGUUAUAACUGAUGAUCACAGCAAUAGGGUUGGGCUGGGGAAUCAAAGUUGGAGUGCCUUAGAAAGUCAGUUUGCAGAAAGGGAAAGGGAAGCCAAUAAAAGAGUGCAAAUGAAAGAGCUAACAGGUGGCGAAGCCAUGUGGGGAAUUAGAGAUAAUACAAGAUGUUUGAAUGUAACUCCCACAGAUGAAUUGUUUACCUGCCAAGACCCGGUGAGAUUUGAAGAGUCUUCCGUAGCUGAGUAUGAUAGUACAGGAGAAGCCGAGGCAGGUACAGCAGCUUAUAUAAUUAAAAUGACAUCAGAAAGUACUCCAGAAAAAAUGUCUGCUAGUGAAGAAGCAGUAAUUGUUAAGCUACCUCAAGAGACUGCACUAAGUGACAGGCCCACAGAGGAAAAGGAAACAGUGUUUGAUAUACAUGAAGGGAGAAAUGAUGGUUCCCAUUAUCCUCUUUGUCAAUGCAAUACAGUGGGUGUAUUAUAUGACACCAAAUUUGAAAAGGAAUCAGUUUCAGAUAUUUAUAAUGCACGCACACAUGAAACAGCGCAAGAAGAAAUGAUGUCAGUAUCCAAUGCAAGCAAAAAGUUUGCCAGAGCAGAACAUAACAGUGGAAAUGAUUCACCAUUAGGUGAAAUAUUAUGGACUUCUGCUGCAGAAGGAAAAACAAUCAUGAAGCAGGAUUUAUCUUCUGAAACAUCUCUUAAUGCUUCACAAUAUCCUCAGCCAGGCCUGCACCAUGAACAGGCUGAAGAGGAAAGCGUUUGGGAAACAUUUCCCCAUGUAGGUACUAAAACUGAACACAAAAUUUCUCCUUCUAAUAUAAAUACUGUGGCCAGCUCUUAUGAAAGUGCAUCAACCCCAGUUUCUGAAGAGUCCAUGGGAGUUUAUACUGCUGAAAGAGGCAAUGUAUCCCCUCCAUACAUGGAACCUUCAGUCAAUAUUUCAGCCAGGUUAGGAUGCAUCUUCAGCCCAACAAAUGUAGUAACUGACUUUAUUCCAAAUAUUUCCUCAGAGGUUGAACUUGGAGAUCUUCCUCAGAGUUCAGCACUGUUGCCUUCUCGUGAGGAAGGAGGAAGGAGUGUAAGUGAAUUUGUCCAUAAACCAGAGCUCAAGUUAGGAAUGUUUUCAGGGCCAACCAUUUUAAUCAGUGAGCCCACUGAAGAAAGGGAAGAGACAAGCUCUGAAUCUGAAGGAAUAACUGAAGAGAAAAUACUGUACUUGAAUAAUGAAGGAUGUGACAACCUGCCGAGGUUUGACCAUGCAGAAAUUCCUGGCCAGCAAAAUGAAGCUUGUAGUUUAGCUGCUGAAUGCCUAGUUUUAAAGCAAAUUGGUUACAAAAUACUUUAUUUCCUCUUGUUUGUUGUGUUUUGUGUAACUCUGUACCACUAUGAUUUAAUUGUUUGCUUUGCAAUGUACCUAUUUUCAUUGUAUUGGCUAUAUUGCGAGGGCAGGAGAAGUAAGGAAUCUGUCAAAAAGGAGUAAAGACCUCUCUGUCUUUGUGAAGUACUUAACAUUUAAUCUCAGUAUGUCCCAAAGGACAGCAAGUCCACUCUUAGAACCAAUGCAAGAUCCACCCCUUCCCCCCGAAGCAUAGCUUAAAGGAAUGCACAUGAAGUUUGCUCCUUCAUAAUAAGUAAUUAUUCUGCAUAGGACCAUUAUGUUUGGAUCAUUAAAUACCGAUAUGAAUAUGAGUUCUGAAGCACAUCAAGUUAAAAUUAAAUACAGCUGCUGUUCCUUAUCAAGUUAUGGAGAUGUGAAGCUUCAGCCUUUUCAGAUUAUAUUGCAUUCAUUUGUUUUGUGGUAAAGCUUCAUUUUCCCCCCAGAGGUUU